UGUUAUUGACAUUGAGAACGCUGGGGUCGCUGUCUGACAUGAAUGACACUCGAUUCCAAAUCUCGACUCAAGUCCACGGUAUCUCGAUUAAUCCCCGCACCAUCCACCCAUCCGACCUGAUUGCCCUAAUCAAAACGAACCCAACCCACCAACCCCACUAACCCGAAUUCCGAAUACGCACCCGUAUCGGUGAUCAUCCUCAUCCUCUCUCGGGUCAACGGGUCCAGUCCCGUCCCAUCAUGGCCUUGAAACGACCGGGUGAGCCCGAGCCAACCACCAACACCGACACCACCGCCUCGAACGAUGCCAGCAAGCGCCUUCGUUUGGCCAGCGACCCACCCAUCGCCGGCCCCUCUCCCACUAUCCCCUCGGUCCCCCCCACCGGGACGGGCUCAACGGCCACCACGGCCAGUGGCAGUCGCCGGGAAUUUCAAGGUCAAUCCAAAACGGGCGGACUCCAUUCCAUCGAUAGCGAUGACGAAGAGGAGUACGCCCAAAGCAAACGGAUCCAGCUCCUGGCCGACGACGACAUCGAAGGGGAAGAGGCUAGUACCAUCGAGCGCGACGGGCAAAUCCAGAUCACGCCCUUCAAUCUCAAGGACGAGCAGGAGGAGGGCAGUUUUGCGCAGGACGGCAGCUUCAUCUGGCACAAGAAGAAAGAGGACGAGGCCUCGGACCGAUGGUUGGCCGGCAUCGAUUGGGGCAAGGUCCAAGAGCGAUCCCAGGCCGAGCGAGCCCAAAAGGAGGCUGAGGAUGAGCGCGAGGACGAGGUGGAAGCCAAUUACGACGAGCUCACCGCUUACAGAGCCAUCCUGAGCUUGCUCCAACCCCAAGAGAGUGUGGCCCAAGCCAUCCGACGUUGGGCCGGCGGGAAGAAGACUUCAGCCCAAAGACUCCAAGCCAAACGUCGGAUCAAGGCCGGUCAAGAGAGUCCGGACGAGAAGCGCGAUCGAUUGGCCAUGGAAAAACUCACGGGAUUGGCCGAUUCGAUUCUCACCCGCUCAGGUUUUAUGGAGAUAUACGAGCAAACCUUCGAGUCGAUCGGGUACAAAUUAAAGCAGAGUGACGCCGGUUCAGCCCCCAAAACCGAGAUCCCCGCCGAUGUGGACGAUGACGAAGCCCUGGACAUGUUCAUGGACUCGGCCAAGGAUCGCGAGGAAUCGACCAAGUCCACUGGCCAAACCCCGGUAGAAAACCCGUUCGAACCCGAGGUCCAAUGGGAAUUCAAAUGGGAAAAUGAAUCCUCCUCCAAAGUGCAUGGCCCGCAUACGACGCAGGAGAUGAUCGAAUGGCAAUCCAGCGGGUUCUUUGACAAGGGCGUGUUUGUGCGCAAGAACGGUACUCAGGGCGAUUUUAAUGAUGUCAAGCGGAUCGAUUUUGAGCUCUACACCUGAAGACCUUGAAAUGCGCCAUUUUCCUUGUUCAUUGCGUUUCGUCGUUGUCGAUUAAGUUUCAAGCAUAUUUGGAGGCGCUCUCGAAUUCUUAUGAGGACUUCAUAAACCCAACAUAUUUCAACUUCAUUCGGAACGAAAUUGUCGCAUUCUGACCUAGUUCCUCCCAAAAAUCUCCUCAAAAUCAUGCCUUCUACUUGAGCGAGUUCCAUUCUUGAUGGGAGGCACUUGAUUUUGGUGGGUUCUGCAUGCUUGAUUAUGUGUUGAAAUUAGGGCGGGGUGGAGGCACAGAGGCGCCGACGAUCCCUCUAAAAUAAACCCAAGUAUGUAAUCCUUA